AUGAACAUUUCCACAAAUACAUCAUUUAUUGAAAAUAAUAUUCUUUUCAAAACUGCUGCUGUUGAUUACACAGAUGUCAACCUAAACAUUGCUUUAAACAUUAUUACUUUAACAAGUACUUUCAUUACUUGUUCUGCUGCACCAUUAGGUGGAUUUGCUGCAGGUUCAUGUGUAUUUAACAGUUUAGCAUUCAUUUCAAGUUUAAUGUUAAAUAUUAUAGUUGGUAUGGACAAUGCAUUACCUGAAACUAGUACUGUUAACGAUCUAUUUACUAAGAUCGGCGAAGAUUUGGGCACAAAGUUACUAGAGACAAAGAGUCAUCUAUUAAAUAAUACUAUUGCUAAGAUGAAUACAUUAGGUGAUAUUUUUAACUAUGAAAUUUCAGAACAUGGUCUUAAAUGUGUCUCUGUUCAAAUCGGUAAAUUAGGUGGGAAUAUUUUACCAGGAGUUAAAGAAAGCGUAUGUAUUACUCCAUUUGGUAUUGAAAUGAUUACCAAAUCACAUAGAAUAUCUUUUGGUACUCUGGUUAAUAAUUUAAGAAAAAAAUUAAGUAAAGAAGAAAAUAAUGGUUAUACAAGAGAAGUUAUUAACACAUAUGCUAAAUAUGGUACUGUGAGUUCUACCAUCAUUGAUAAACUUGGUGAAUUGAACAAUAAUUUUGCAACAAAUAAAUUGACUGGUCAAAAUAAGAAAACAUCUGUCACUAUCGAACAUGACAACAAGUUAAUGUUGAAAAUUUCUUUGGAAUUAAUUUAA